AUGCCACAAGCACCGCCAUCAUCUUCUGCUGAGAAAACACAGGAUAAUUCAAAUGCGGUUGGAAACACAAGUCCUACUGGCCAUUUGGAACUCAACCUACCUGUAUUCAACAAAAAAAAGAAUAGCACAAGGGAGAAUAAUGUCGCCAAAAUUAAAGUCGUGGUUGAUCUGACAGCUUAUAUGGAGAAGCAUGAGUUUUGUUUUGAUGCCGUUCUUGAUGAGCAUGUUACUAAUGAUGAAGUAUACCGAGCUACAAUUGAACCAAUUAUUCCCAUAAUUUUUGAACGAACCAAAGCUACCUGUUUUGCUUACGGCCAGACAGGAAGUGGCAAAACAUACACAAUGCAACCUUUACCGCUCAAAGCUGCAGAAGACCUUGUUCGACAGUUGCAUCAGCCAGUUUACCUGAGUCAGAAAUAA